AUGCCUGGCGCAAUUAUUGAUUCGAAACGCCCUUCAAAAAGGAAGAGAGCUGUGUCAGAAAAAGGGCCUUCAAAACGGGCACGAUCCGAGGAUAGUGAAGAAGAUCCACAGGCGCAAAUUCUCCUCCUAGAGAGCGAAAUCUUCGAGUCGAAGAAGCAUUAUAACAACAUUGCAAGGCUAAUUGGCAUUGCACGAGAUGAUUCUGAAGGUGCCGAUGCGUCAAUUCUCGCCGCGGUAUCGUUAUGCCGGGUUUUCACGAAAUUGAUAGUAGUUGGGGGUUUACAGAAAACCAAAGAGACUGCUGUGAAGGACGCGACUGUGAUCCAAUGGCUCAAGGAAAGAUACUCAGAAUACAAGAUUAUCCUUCUUGAUAUGUUGAGCCAAGAAGAUACCGCAUCCACGGGAUUAACUCUUUGCAUGAGAAUGUUGAAGAUUGAAGGGCAGCAUCUGCGAAACGGUCAGGAUUAUUGUUUUCCUACAGGCCUUCUUACGGAUAUGGUUCAGGUUCUCAUUCGUCCUGGGAGUGAUAGCAUUGCUAGGAAAGAGUUCAGUGACAAGUUUGUUGAGGAAUACGAUGAUGUUAGAUUUUACACACUUGAAGCUAUAGAAAAACUGGUUACGGCCCCCGAAUCUAGAAAAUUGGGCAAUGAUUCAUUUGAUACCGUCUAUGAGAUUUUAACAUCGAUAUCAUCAGUCCCUGAAUCUAAGGACGAACUCGAAGAUUUUUACAUUCCCGCACCGAAGAAAAAGUCGCACGCACUCUACUCCUUAACGGAACAUAAGAAGCGAGCGCAAGGAGCAUGGUUAGCUGUGAUGAAUAUGGAGAUGGUAAAAGAAAGAAGGAAAAUGAUCCUUUCGAAAAUUACCGAUUUCAUUGCGCCAUGGUUUACCAAACCCGAACUUUUAAUGGACUUCCUGACCGACUCAUACAAUUCUGGGGGAUCAACGUCGUUGCUAUCACUCUCUGGUGUCUUUUAUCUCAUCCAAGAGAAGAAUCUAGACUACCCAUCGUUCUAUAGAAAGCUUUAUUCGCUGCUAGACACGGGUAUUCUGCAUUCGAAGCAUCGCUCAAGAUUUUUCCGACUUUUGGAUACCUUUUUAUCAUCAACGCAUUUACCAGUAGUACUUGUCGCAAGCUUCAUCAAGAGGCUCUCCAGACUCACGUUACAUUCCCCUCCAUCUGGCGUCGUUGCGGUUGUGCCGUGGAUCUAUAAUUUAUUGAAGAAGCACCCAACGUGUUUAUUCAUGAUCCAUCGAGAGACUAGAGGGGCUGAAGCGAAGAAAACUUUAGAGGAAGAGGGGCUCUCAGAUCCAUUCCUGAUGGAAGAGGAAGAUCCAAUGUUGACCAAUGCAAUCGACAGUAGCUUGUGGGAAAUUGUCACACUGCAAUCACAUUAUCAUCCCAACGUUGCAACACUUGCCAAAAUUAUUUCGGAACAAUUUACCAAACAUUCAUACAAUUUGGAGGAUUUCCUGGAUCACUCUUACGGAAGUAUGCUUGAAUCCGAGUUAGCGAAGGACGUGAAGAAGGUGCCAGUUGUUGAAUAUGAGAUACCCAAGAAAAUAUUCAUGAAGCAUGAUGCAGAUGCUAGCUUGGAAGAUUCCCUACUUGUGAAGUUGUGGAACUUCAGUUAG